AUGGCAGCUCUCGUCACCACCGCCGCUACCGACAUGCCCCCAAACCUUCCUCGGCUAGUAUCCGCCAUAACCACUCUCCUGCAACGCUUAGACCCCAAAAACCUUAACCAUUCUUCGCCGCCGGACACCUCAAUUCUCAACAAAUUUUCUCCAUACUUAACGCACGACGUAGUCGUCGAAACCAUCAACUCCCAAACGAACCCUUUCCAUUCCCUCUUCUUCUUCAACUGGGCUUCAACCCUGAGCCCGAACCCAAACCAGUACUUCCACAACCACCACUGCUACAUUGCCAUCACUGACAAGCUGCUCUCCCGCCGCCUCUUUUCUUUGGCCACUAAACUUCUUGAGAGCCAUCACAGGCUCUCUGAUUUCAUGGUGAGUAAGCUCAUCAAGGCCCAUGGCGAUUUGGGCCACCUAAGGUGUGCGAUCAAGCUUUUCCAUGGUGUGAGGAAAAGAGAAAAUGAGUGUUGUUUGUUUUCCUUCAAUUCCCUGUUGGGAGUCUUUGUAAAGGCUAAUAGAGUAGAUUUGGUGUGGAUUUUUUUGGGAAAGAUGAUAAAGAAGGGCGAUAUGCAGCCGGACAUUUCCACGUGUACUAUAAUGAUCAGUGGGUUCUGCAAAGCAGGCAUGCUUGAGCAUGCCCAGAAGGUGUUUGAUGAAAUGGGUGUGAAUAAAAACGUGGUGACUUACAAUACUAUGGUUAAUGGAUUUUGCAAGAAGGGUUUAAUGGAAAAAGCACAAACGAUUGUUAAUGAGAUGGUUGAUAGGGGGAUAGUUUUGCCCAAUGUUGUUACUUAUUGUACCCUGAUUGAUGGGUAUUGUAGGAAAGGACAGAUUGUUGAGGCUAUGAGGUGCUUCGAUGAAAUGGCGAGUAGGAAUUGUGAGCCAAACAUGUUGACUUACAGUGCAUUGAUUCAUGGGUUGUGUUUGAAUGGGAAUGUCGAUGAGGCAAGGAGAAUGAUGGCAAGGAUGAGGCUGAGUGGAUUUAGGGACGACAUUGUGAUGCAUACAAGUUUGUUGAAGGGGUACUGUAUUGCAGGAAGAUCGAACGAGGCUAUCAAGCAUUUUAAAGAAAUGGUUAGCCUUGGAAUGAUUCUUGACGAAAAAACAUAUGAUGUUAUUGUGAAGGAGUAUUGCAAAACGAAGAGGCCAAAUGACGCGAUUGCUUUGAUAAGUGAAAUGAGAGCUCGAGGUGUCAAUCCAUGUGUAUAUACUCUUAAUUAUGUGCUUUCAUGUCUUGUGGAACUAGCUGAGGCUGAUAAAGCCAUUCUUCUCAUCAAACAGAUGCCCCAACUGGGCUGCCACCCCAAUUUCCUGUCAUAUAACAUACUUAUAUCCAGCCUUGUGAAGUCUAAAGGAAGAAUGCGAGAAGUUGAGAUGCUUAUGAACGACAUGCUCGGGAAUGGUCAUGUCCCUGAUGCCACCAUGUACAGUUGCCUGGUUAAGGGGUAUUGUGAGGAUGGAAAUGAGGAAAUGGCAGUUCGGGUUUUAAGGGAAAUGAUGGAUAAGCGAUUGGUAAUUAACCUCGAGUGCUUUGCAGUUUUCGCCAAGGAAUUUUGUGCUAAAGGGAAGGUGUUUGAAGUUGAAAACCUUUUCCUGCAGAUGCAAAGCAACUGUUCUAUGACAGAUCUAAAUAGUUACCAGAAGAUCUUAAAUGAGCAUUUAUCACAGUUAGUGAACUAA